AUGGGGUCGAGGCGGCGGCGCCACCACCACCACGGCCGGUGGGUGGUGCCCGCCGUGGCGCCGGCCGCGGCGGCGUUCGCAGCGGCGGGGCUGCUCCUCCUCGUCGUCGCGUUCCACUGCUUCCUGUCGCCGCCGCUAAGUGACGGCGGUGGCGGCUCCCGUGUCUUCCGGCGCCCGAACCCGCCGUUCCUGUUGAACAAGCCAGCGGAGGUGCGCAGAAAUGUAAUCGGCGCCGUGGAUUUCACUGUCCCCAGCGGUGGGAGCAAGCUUGGGGAGGAGCUCUGGGAGUCGAAGGCGGCGGGCAACUUCUUCGGCUGCAGCAACGCCACCAAGCGAUUCGCCGAUGCCGAGGCUGUGACCAAGUCGGACCGUUACUUGAUGAUCGCGACGAGCGGCGGAUUGAAUCAGCAGCGAACAGGGAUCAUAGAUGCUGUUGUUGCAGCCCGCAUACUGAAUGCAACACUUGUCAUUCCAAAGCUGGAUGAAGAAUCCUUCUGGAAAGAUGCGAGUGACUUUGCAGAUAUAUUUGAUGUCGAUUCAUUCAUAUCCUCGCUCUCUAAUGAGGUAAAGAUCGUACGACAAGUACCUGACAGGAAUGGGAAACCACCUUCGCCAUAUAAGAUGCGUAUUCCUAGAAAGUGUACUCCUAAAUGCUAUGAGAGCCGAGUGUUGCCUGCUCUUCUAAAGAAGCAUGUUGUUCAGUUAACCAAAUUUGACUACCGAUUGUCAAAUAAGCUAGAGACUGAUCUGCAAAAGCUUAGGUGUAGAGUCAAUUAUCAUGCACUAAGGUUUACAGACCCAAUCCUCAAAAUGGGUGAAAUGCUUGUCCAAAGAAUGAGGGAAAAAAGUGGGCGCUUCAUUGCUCUUCACCUAAGAUUUGAGCCUGACAUGCUUGCGUUCUCUGGUUGCUACUAUGGGGGUGGAAACAUUGAGAGAAGAGAACUUGGUGAGAUCCGUAAGAGGUGGAAGACCCUGCAUGCAAGCAACCCUGACAGAGAACGGCGGCAUGGAAAGUGCCCUCUAACACCAGAGGAAGUAGGGCUCAUGCUCAGGGCAUUGGGAUUUGGGAAGGAUGUGCACCUUUAUGUUGCAUCAGGAGAUGUAUAUGGAGGCGAGGAGACACUGGCACCUCUGAAAGCACUCUUCCCAAACUUUCACUCAAAGGAAACUCUAGCAAACAAGGAGUUAGCUCCUUUCUUACCAUAUUCAUCUCGCAUGGCUGCUCUUGAUUUUCUUGUGUGCGAUAGGAGUGAUGUUUUUGUGACAAACAACAAUGGCAACAUGGCCAGAAUGUUGGCUGGUCGAAGGAGAUAUUUUGGGCACAGGAAGACCAUAAGGCCCAACACUAAGAAACUUUGCUCAUUAUUUCUGAAUCGAACCAGCAUGAGUUGGGACACAUUUGCAUCUAAAGUUCAGACCUUCCAAAAGGGAUUCAUGGGGGAGCCCAAUGAGAUUAAACUAGGAAGAGGCGAAUUCCAUGAGCAUCCUGUAGAUUGCAUUUGUGCAAAAUCGAAGGGAAAAACUGGACAGAGCAGGCCUCACCUAGUUAAAGGUGCUGGAGAAGCUGUGGAGAACCAUUCUAUUGAUGGGGACCUUGACUGGAAGGAUUUGGACUACGGAGAGCAUACACCCUUGGGCAGGGAUUCAUCUAAUGAAACCGAAUCAGAUGAUAUUCGUGUUGGUGGAUCAGACAUUCCUGAAUUGGAGGAUAUUAUGUCAGACUAA